AGAGAGUCCCAGCUCGGGAUUUGCUGGGAAAAGUGCAAAUUUUGUCCAGUUUUGUCAGCCUUUUCGCGUCCCAUUUCGCGAUGGAAGUGGAAAGCAACGUAAUCAAGGAUGAACCGAAUCGUAGCAGAGGUAGGAGUGCUGCUGGUCAGCACCACACUCCUAGGAGUAGUGCUAGUAACAACAAGACCAUCGCCACUACUAGCAGUAAUACGACCAGCACAGUCACAGUAAAAGUUGGCCUCAAUAUGAAUAUGUGCAGACUAUGCUUAGCGGAAGGCAGCACCAGCUCUCGACUUCAGCCCGUGUUCUACUCCAAAGAUGCACCGGACGAACCUCUAAUUCAGAAAAUACUAGAACUCACCACAAUACAGGUAACUUAUGCAACGGAUUUUCCCUCAUCUAUAUGCCUCAACUGCAAGAGCAAACUGGAGGACUACCAUAUGUUCCGCCGAAGAUGUAUUGAAAAUGACGAAAUACUUAAACUAAAGUACUACGAAAUUAAAACCUCUGAAAAGUACCGCCAUAUGCAGCACCAGCAGCAUCAUGUGCAGCCGGUGGAGGACAGUAAAGUUGGAAUGGAAGAGUAUGGCGACGAUGCAGACGACAUAACGCUGGCCAUUGAUGAGUCGGCCGAUGUGGAUGAGUACCAAGAGGAGACCGAGGAAGAACAUCAGGAACCACAUCAACAUACUGUCAUGCAGCAGGACCAGCAGCAGGUGGUAGAACAGCAAACAAUUCAGUACGUGUCCGCUGAUGGUACAAUGACCGAAUACAUCGAAUCGGGAGAUGUGCGAGUUGUGUCCGGCACUGCGCAGCAGCAACAAAUUCAUGUCAGCGGCUACAGUGAUGUGGAAGGCAUUCAACCCGCCGAGGGUCACGAAAUAUACUACACUGAUGGAACUGACACCUAUGCUAUCCGUACCACGGCGGAAGGGUACGUGAAUGCCGCAAACUAUGUGCCACAGGGAUACGAUAAUCAAACGGAGAUUGAAUGCACCACAAUUGAACACUUACCAGAGGAAGAAGUUUAUAUGGACGAGGGAGGAGGCACUGCCGUAGGCAGCGUUAUUACACCGAGAGGAGUCCAUGAUCGACCAUUUGUUUGUAAGCAUUGUAAAACUAGUUUUAAGUACGAGUAUAACUAUGAAAGACACAUGAAAAAUCACGCAAAGGUCCUCUACAGAUGCGGAAAAUGUUCCAAAACAUUCACCAAGCAAAGAAAGUGUCAGCAGCACUUUUUGAAAGCCCAUUCCUCCCAGAGGUACGAAUGCGACAUUUGCUUUAGAACGUACAGCUUGCCGACCCGAUUGGAGAAUCACAUCAUUGAGAUGCACUCGGAGAACGGGGUGUACAAGUGUGACCGUUGUACGGAAACCUACACUUCAUAUUUAGAUUUCAAGUCCCAUCGUAACAGCCAUCACAGCGUAAAUGGGUCGAACGCCACGGUCAUUACUCAGGCCGUCGAGCAGCGAACUGUCCAAUCUAUCCACCAAGUACAGUCUCCUCAGCCGCAUACAAUGUCCCACACCGCGGGCACAUCCCUCAGCACUCGUUCGUCCGUAUCCGACAGCUGCGAUUUUGAGGUAAUGAUUGAUGAAACUAAAAUUCAAAAACCAGGUGCACCUGAUGAUACUCCCGAAAAGCGACCCGCUGCCGUAUUAAGCGCUCCGGAUCAAGACGUCAUUCUGAUUGACGACGAAACUGCCUCCCACAGCAUCGCUGCGCCUGUAAAUCAGAACAAGCAUGUCAACGCACUGAAUACGACCACUGCUCCAAGCAACAGUAUGAACAGUCCCAGCAAUAGCAGUAUCAUUAGCAGUGGUGCUACGUUGGCAGCGAGUGCGAGCCCGGGAAAUGGUCCGGUUUCGUUAGCGAGCAGUACCAUCAGUGCGCCGUCAACAACCGUCAUCACCACCAAUGGUAUUGAUAAGAACUCUCUGCACCGGCAGUUGUUGCAGCAGAUCGAGGAAAGUGAGGCGAACUCUACUGGGCCGAAAAUUUACAAAUGUGACAGCUGCACCAAGACGUUCGUUCAUCUGAAUAACCUGAAGGCACAUAUCUACGCGGAACAUGACAAUGACAAACCGUUCAAGUGCAAACUGUGCCCGAUUUCGUUCAAGACGAAGGAGAUUCUGGUGAUGCAUAUGGUAUUACAUUCUCAGCAUAAUACAGCGACCUAAAAGAGCGCGCGUAGCAAAGUGAAAACAGCGACAGUCUCGAAUAAUGAUUAAAGACAGCAUGCGCGGUGUGCCGAAACGGGUCGGCACAGGAUACCGGGAACUAGCUUAAUUAGGAACUAACAAUAUGUUCAAAAAACCUGACAGAAUUAAUCUCUCAACACAAUUGCAUAGUUUUCUCUACACACGUAAAAUGCUAAACAAAACACAAAAAAAAAACAAAACAAAACAAAAGCUAAACAGUUUACUGACUAUGAUGAUCAGUAUACACAAAUUCAAAACCUAGAUAUUUAGAACAAAUGCAUAUGACAAACCACACAAAAAUGGAUAGCAAAGCGGUAUGAAUGUGCAGUAGUUAACAAUUAUGAAAAGGGUCAAACCGAAGAGACCUAAAGAAUUUACGAUUUCCUUAUGUUUUAUUUUUGUGUUCUAAUAUAUUGAACGUACUAACAUAAUUUACUCUAAGUUUGCGUUUGCAAUCCGCAAACGGUUCGCUUGCAAUAAGUAGCUUUCAGCAGUAUAAUGUUAACAUAAAAAAUUAUCCUUUUAGAAGAAGGUUCUAAACUUGCUUCGAAUGGUGCUUUUCUUCGGAAAUAAAUCUCGCUCUUAUGUUUUUUUUAUUAUCUACGACUAUAUAUUUUACAUACGAAUGAGUUUUUCUAAGGCUUGCUUCUAAGUAUAUUUUAAGUACCAGCAUAUGAUACGUUUUAACUUGUAAGAAUGCUGUUCGAAAUUGUUGAAUGAAAGAGAUUGAUAGUAAAACAAAGGGCGGAGUCGGAAUUGAUGAAAGGACGUUUACAGGCGAGAAUUGCGUUAGUUAUACUUCCUCAUGUUGAUCGGUUUUUAAUCAUUGGAAAAUAAAAGUUCUAUUCUCGGCUGUAGGGGUUCUAGAUCUUUGAGAUCAACGCCUGGUAAAUCUAGACUCUAGAGAGCUGUCGUGCGUAUAUUGUGCAAAUAUGAUAAGAAUCGGUUCUUCCAGGGGAAACAAAAAGUUUAUCGUUUCGUUUGUUAACUCACACUAGUAGCAAUGAAAGCUCAAAGUGAACCUUAAAAGUAAAGCAAAAAAUCCUUUAUUGUGAUCUGGGUAGUUUAAAAUACGAUGUUGAUUUUGUUUUAUUAUUUUAAAUUGGUUGCGAUUCCUUGUAGUGAUUUAAGAGAAGUAAAUUAAAUAAUUUAUCUAAAUUCAUCGGCAUAUACCUAUAUAGAGUAGAUAGUAAUGCGGCUGCAUAAAAACGUGCUGCGAAAUCAAAAUAAGAGCGUGUCGCAUUGACGCAAUUUAGUGAAAGUGAGAGUUGAUCGUUUGAUAUAUUUUAUUAUCGCUGUUAGGUGACGAAGUUAGAGUUAUUCGGAGCAAUUGAAUAGGCAAGACAAAGCUACGCUGCACAUCCGUUUUUGUCAUAUUUAAUAUCAUGAGCAUGCUUAGCUAUAAUUCCGUUUUUACUGAGAAACUUGCAUGCAGAAGUGCCGUUUUAUGUUCUAUUCAAAUUCUAAGCCCUUUAGAAGCAAAAAGUUGUAUCAACACAUUCUUAUUUAUUUUGCAAAAGACUUCUUACCAAUGACGGAUAGAUGUUGGAAAAACGAAAUAAUUUUCGAACAACAAAUUGUAACAAUUUUGCAAAUUGUUUUUUAUCAUUGUUCAACAAAUUUCUACUUUAACCUUUUACUGUUACCCUUUUCUACUCGAUGGUUAAAGUUUCCAUUCAUCAACGACAUUAAAUUGUGACAAAAAGGCAACAAACAGAUACUGAUAUUAGGAUAAAUUUGAACGAUUACCUACGAAAGUCGUAAGAAUUCUUUGCGAAUCGCCAUGAUCUAAA